AUGGCGCCAUCCGCUCCUAUGUUGUACUCGUUGGUUCUUCUUCUUGGCGUUGCAGCCGCUGUGCCCGCUCCUCGGGAGAGCUGCGAGCCGCGGACAAUCUGUGUUGACGCCAUCAACACAUGUGGGGUGAAAUACGGCGGAUGCUAUGAUGAGUGUAACACCGCUCUCAAGCCGUCUCCUCCACCGUGUACCGAGGCAACCACCACGACGAAACCGACCCCCACCUGUGGUGUGCCGCCACCGGUAACCCCAAUAACAACUGGGGAUGAUUGCAGCACUCGGACUGUCUGUUGGGAUGGGGUCAACGAAUGUGGCCAAACCUAUGGAGGCUGCUUCCCUGACUGCACACCAUGGCCAACCUUCACUCCGCCGCCCUGUCCGACGAUCACAACCACCACGAACCCGGUGAUUGUCACCGACGUGCCCACUGGAGUGCCCACUAUUUGCGCCGACUAUAUCAACGAGUGCGGGAAGAUGUACGGAGGAUGCUUCGCCAGCACCAGCCCGUUCCCGACCUUCUCGAAACCUCCCUGCCCCUAA